AUGCCUGGAAAGGUUUUCCAAUUUGAUAGCGAAGACGCUAUGGCCACACCUACUAAGAAGCGGGCUACCCUCGUUGACGACACGGAGCCUCGGUACCCAGUUAAGCGUGCGAGAGUAUACAAUCAGGCCGAGAACUUCCGUCCCAAUGAAUAUGAGACGGAUAGCGAAUCGUCCGCAUCAUCGGAAAACAGCGAGAGCGAUUAUUUACCCCGCUAUGCUAGUGAUUACAGCGGUGGCAGUAGCAGCGAAGAGAGUGAUAUAGAAUCCGCGCCAAUAUCACAUCCAAAGCAAGCAAAACGAGCAGGAUUGGACCCUCGGCUCGAGGAAGAAAAAAGGAAUAUCUCAGACAAGUCGGCAUCCCUGAAUGAUACUGUCUCCCUCGAUAGUGAGGGAACAUUUGUUAUUUCGAGAGGAGAACGCAAUGAGCUAAUCAACAAUCUCACACGUGAAAGGGCAAAGCGGCUGCUUGACCGGAUCGAUAUCCCCAAAGCUCACGAGCUAUCGCCUGACGAACGGCGUACUGCUCAUCAACUUCUCACGCGCGGCUGCAUGCCCGCCAUUUUCAGACACUGGGAGAAGGAUUUCUCCACUCUCCCAGAGUCGCUAUUUUUUCCUGAUUAUGACCAUGAGCCCGAGCCCAAUGAAUUCGAAUUCAUCCUUCAAGCUGAUAAAGGUACUGAGUUUCAUGCGAUCCGUGCCUUCCAGGAGCUUCUGAAGAUCUCCGGUAUCGUAAGAGAUCACUGCAAUAUCCUUGAAACCAGUCCCGAGAUUUCAAUCAAGCGAGUCAUCGAAAGAUAUCUCCGAUGGGCGUUGAGUGAUGCCCACGUUAGAGCUCUGCCAACCACCACGCCCGUGUAUGUUAUCUAUUGCAAGAAGAAGCGUGAGCGAGCGAAGGCAGCAUUCGACCAGGCUUUGAAAACCCUAGAAUCCUUGGCGAGUACCUGGAGGGAUCAGAUUCCUGCUUCUCCCAAGCCAGCAGUCUGGCCGUCGGUGAUGGGCUUUGUCGUCUGUGGACCCGUUCUUUCGGUUGUCACACUGAAUUGCGAUCCAGAGCCUCAGACCGAGACUCAGGGAAUGAGACUACUUGGUCAUUUUGACCUCUCGGAUCUCAAUAAUGAUGUUUGGAACACUUUGGCUGUGGCGAUUUCGGUCAUGCAUGUCAAGCGUACUAUGACUAAACUUGCUAAGGCUUAUAAGCGCCCUUUCAUCGCUCCGAUCUUUGAAGAUGAGACCAUGUGCACUGUGGAUAUCGACAUUUAA